UUUCUUUAGCUUAGAAAGAGAGAGAGUGUGUUGGAAAUACAACUUCCCACCAUGUGAGACUCCUUAGUCUAUGGUGACGAAUGCAUCUCAAUGCCAAUUUCUUCUAUUUAAGCACUCCACUGCUUAAUUUCUCUCUUCACUUAUCCUCAUGCUAAAUUAAAUACAUCUUACCAAUUUAGCACGCUUUUCUCUCUAUAAUCUCUCUCUCUUCCUCUCAGAUUUUCCCUCUUCCGGAUACCCAUUUCAACUGAGUCAACAACAUGACUCAGGGAAAGGGAGUUGAAGCUGGCCAAACUGUGGGGGAUUUCAAUCCUUCCAAGAAGCCCAAAAGAAACAAGUAUGCUUUUGGUUGCGCUAUUUUGGCCUCCAUGACAUCCAUUUUACUUGGCUAUGAUAUCGGGGUGAUGAGUGGUGCAGCCAUGUACAUAAAGAGGGACCUAAAGGUGUCGGACGUGCAAAUCGAGAUACUCUUGGGAAUCAUCAAUCUCUACUCUCUCAUAGGCUCAUGCUUGGCCGGCAGAACUUCCGACUGGAUAGGCCGGCGUUACACCAUUGUCUUCGCCGGCACCAUCUUCUUCGCCGGGGCAAUUCUCAUGGGUUUCUCUCCCAACUAUCUCUUUCUGAUGUUCGGGCGUUUCGUGGCUGGCAUCGGCAUCGGCUACGCCCUCAUGAUCGCCCCUGUCUACACCGCCGAAGUCUCUCCGGCGUCAACCCGUGGCUUCCUCACUUCCUUUCCCGAGGUUUUUAUUAAUGGUGGGAUAUUACUCGGAUACAUAUCCAACUAUGCAUUUUCAAAGUUGUCAUUGAAGUUGGGAUGGCGAAUGAUGCUUGGGGUCGGUGUGUUUCCCUCGAUUCUCCUGACAUUGGGAGUGUUGGCGAUGCCGGAAUCUCCGCGGUGGCUGGUGAUGAGGGGACGUUUGGGAGAGGCAACGAAAGUGCUUAACAAAACCUCCGACAGCAAGGAAGAAGCUCAACUGAGGCUGGCCGAGAUCAAACAAGCCGCAGGGAUACCAGAGAGUUGCAACGACGACGUCGUUCAAGUAACGAAACAAAGCACCGGCGAGGGCGUGUGGAAAGAGUUGUUCCUCCAUCCAACGCCUGCGAUUCGUCACAUCGUAAUUGCGGCGCUGGGGAUUCACUUCUUCCAACAAGCGUCGGGCGUGGACGCCGUGGUUUUAUACAGCCCCACAAUCUUCGAGAAGGCUGGGAUCACCGAUGACACACAAAAGCUUCUGGCAACGGUGGCCGUUGGAUUCGUGAAGACGAUAUUCAUCUUGGUUGCUACUUUCAUGUUGGACCGGGUGGGUCGUCGUCCCCUGUUAUUGUCUAGUGUGGGGGGCAUGGUGCUCUCGCUUCUGACUCUGGCAAUCAGCCUUACGAUCAUCGAUCAGUCGAAGAGUAAACUGAUGUGGGCCAUUGGAUUGAGUAUAACGAUGGUGUUAACCUACGUGGCAACGUUUUCCAUCGGUGCGGGACCCAUCACGUGGGUGUACAGCUCUGAGAUCUUUCCGUUGAGGUUGCGGGCGCAGGGUGCGGCUGCAGGUGUGGUGGUGAACAGAACGACAAGUGGCGUUAUUUCAAUGACUUUUUUGUCCCUGACUAAAGCCAUCACUAUUGGCGGAGCUUUCUUCCUGUAUUUUGGCAUUGCUGCCAUUGGGUGGUUAUUCUUCUACACCGUGCUUCCUGAGACACGGGGUAAAACACUCGAAGACAUGGAAGGUUCUUUUGGUACUUUCAGAGCCAAAUCCAACAACACCAACAACAAUGGAAUAGAAAAUGGAAAUGCCAAAGUUUCACAACUUCAGCUGGCGACCAAUCUCCAGCCGUAGACAAUAUUAGGACAUCGUGUAAUAAUCUAGUGCUUAUGUUUUUCUAAAAACAGUAGUUUUUUAAAUCAAAAAUCAUAUUCCAAAAGACUUGUGUAUGAAAAAAAAAUAUGAAUCACAAUUAAAAAUAAAUUAUGGGCUUUUCUAUUUUUCAUCA